AUGUCAAAUAAUACCAGUCGGCCUUCGACACCUCUUCGACGUCGCUGCCUAGGAUCACUUCAAUGUAAUAUGACAUAUAAUGUUAAUAUUGAACAAACAUUACUUGACUUUAUUGAUCGUCUAAAAGAUUCAACAGAUUCAUCAACACAAUUACUUUUACGUUUAUAUCAUCAUAAAUCUGUUCGUCUCAAUGAUCAACCUGAACAAUUGUAUUCAUUUCAGCAAGAAAUUUAUUCAAGUCUUCGUCGACUUCAUCCAACGAUUGUCACUUCUUCUACAUUGAAACAAGAAAAUCGAUUGUGUAUUAUUCCAGAACCAAUAGUGACGGGUCGAUCUGCACAAGCAACUAUACGAAAACUUCAUUGA